AUGAGUUUACCGCAGAAACCGGCUCUGAAAUCAGGCUCAGCGGCUGCAGCAGGAACCGGACCCGGCACCGGAGCGGCGGCGGCGGCGGCAGCGGUACCGCCUCCUCACCCGGCGGCGGCGGCGGCGGCGGCGGCGGCAGCGGCAGCGGCGGCGGCGGCGGCGGCAGCGGCAGCGGCAGCGGCCCCUCCUCACCCGAACAUCAGGGCCCUCCAGACCCAGGCGCCCCAACAAAUCCCUAGGGGACCUGGGCAGCAGCCCCUGGAGGACCGGAUCUUCGCUCCCACGGUCUCGGCGGUGUACAGCACGGUAGCAAGACAGCCAGGACCCCCGACCCCUUCCCCUUAUGCCGCACAUGAAAUAAACAAGGGGCAUCCAAAUCUUGCGGCAACGCCCCCGGGACAUGCAUCGUCCCCUGGCCUCUCUCAAACCCCUUAUCCCUCUGGACAGAAUGCAGGCCCAACCACGUUGGUAUACCCUCAAGCCCCUCAGACAAUGAAUUCGCAACCUCAAACCCGUUCUCCGUUUUUCCAGAGGCCUCAAAUACAGCCUCCUAGAGCUACCAUCCCGAACAGCAGUCCUUCUAUUCGUCCUGGUGCACAGACACCCACUGCAGUAUAUCAGGCCAAUCAGCACAUCAUGAUGGUUAACCAUCUGCCCAUGCCGUACCCAGUGCCCCAGGGUCCUCAGUACUGUAUACCACAGUACCGUCAUAGUGGCCCUCCUUAUGUCGGGCCCCCCCAACAAUAUCCAGUUCAACCACCGGGGCCAGGUCCUUUUUACCCCGGACCAGGACCUGGAGACUUCCCCAAUGCUUAUGGAACACCUUUUUAUCCAAGUCAGCCAGUGUAUCAGUCAGCACCUAUCAUAGUGGCUACCCAGCAGCAGCCCCCUCCAGCCAAGAGAGAGAAAAAAACAAUAAGAAUCAGGGAUCCAAACCAAGGAGGUAAAGACAUAACAGAGGAGAUUAUGUCUGGAGGUGGCAGCAGAAAUCCUACUCCACCCAUCGGGAGACCCUCAUCCACACCUACUCCUCCCCAGCAGCUGCCCAGCCAGGUCCCCGAGCACAGCCCUGUGGUUUAUGGGACUGUGGAGAGCGCUCAUCUUGCUGCCAGCACCCCUGUCACUGCAGCUAGCGACCAGAAGCAAGAGGAGAAGCCAAAACCAGAUCCAGUGUUAAAGUCUCCUUCCCCAGUGCUUAGGCUAGUCCUUAGUGGGGAAAAGAAAGAACAACUGGGCCCGAUGUGUGAGACUACUGCAGCAGUGUCCUUACCAGAGCUUCCUCUGCCUCCGUCACCAACUGCUGUUUCUCCAAUUGCUCGAAGUUCAAUUGCUUCCCCUACUUCUGCUGCUCUUAGUAGCCAGCCAGUGUUCACCACUGCUCUAGAUGACAGAUGCGACCUCUCCUCAAAAGAAGACACGCUUCCUGUACCCAACCCCACAUCUUGCACAGAAACAUCAGGCCCUUCACAAACUGAUGUAAUUGAUGAUGACAUAUGCAAGAAGUCUUGUAGUGUAGCUCCCAAUGAUAUUCCACUGAUUUCUAGUACUACCCUAAUUAAUGAAAUGAAUGGAGUUAAUGAAAAAUUACCAGCCAUGGAGAGCAUUGUGGAAUUAGUAAAACAGGAGGUGUUGCCAUUGACUCUUGAAUUGGAAAUUCUGGAAAAUCCCCCAGAAGAAAUGAAAGUGGAAUGUGUUUCAGCUCCCAUCACCCCUUCUACAAUUCCUUCCUUUUCUCCAUCUCCUCCAACUCCUCCUGCUUCUCCUCCCACACCAGUCAUUGUUCCUGCUGCUGCCACUGAUGUUAGUGCUGCUAGUGCUCCCACUGCAGUCCACAGAGUCUUAGAAGAGGAUGAGAGCAUAAGAACUUGUUUUAGUGAAGAUGUGAAAGAGAUUCAGAACAAAACAGAGCUAGAAGCAGAUGGGCAAACAGAAGAGAUUCUGGAAUCUCAGAACUUAAGUUCAAGAAAGAGCCCUGCCCCAGCUCAGACAGCUAUAACUGCACCAAAGAUGUGGAAGAAACCAAAAGAUCGGACCCGAACCACUGAAGAGGUGUUAGAAGCAGAAUUGGAGCUUCCAGUUGAAGAGGAACUUUCAGGUGACAAAGUACUUGAAGCUGAGCAGGAGAAAAUGAGCCAAGGGUUUCAUCCUGAGAGAGAUUCCUCAGACCUAAAAAAAGUGAAAGCUGUGGAAGAAAAUGGAGAAGAAGCGGAGCCUAUCCGUAAUGGUGCUGAGAGCGUUUCUGAGGGGGAAGGAAUAGAUGCUAAUUCAGGCUCCACUGAUAGUUCUGGUGACGGGGGCACGUUCCCUUUUAAACCAGAAUCCUGGAAGCCUGCUGAUACUGAAGGCAAGAAGCAGUAUGACAGGGAGUUUUUGUUGGACUUCCAGUUCAUGCCAGCCUGUAUACAGAAACCGGAGGGCCUGCCUCCCAUCUCUGAUGUAGUUCUUGACAAGAUCAACCAGCCCAAAUUGCGAACUAUAGAUCCUCGGGUUUUGCCUCGAGGACCAGACUUCACUCCAGCCUUCGCAGAUUUUGGAAGGCAGAGCCCUGGUGGAAGAGGUGUAUCUUUAUUAAAUGUUGGACCACGGAGAUCUCAGCCUGGCCAGAGAAGAGAGCCCAGGAAGAUCAUCACGGUCCCUGUGAAGGAAGACGUGCACCUGAAAAAGGCCGAGAACGCCUGGAAGCCCAGUCAAAAGCGAGACAGCCAAGCCGAGGAUCCCGAGAACAUUAAAACCCAGGAACUGUUUAGAAAAGUUCGAAGUAUCUUAAAUAAAUUGACACCACAGAUGUUCAACCAACUGAUGAAGCAGGUGUCAGCACUUACUGUUGACACAGAGGAGCGGCUGAAAGGAGUCAUUGACCUGGUCUUUGAGAAAGCUAUUGAUGAACCCAGCUUCUCUGUGGCUUACGCAAACAUGUGUCGAUGUCUAGUAACGCUGAAAGUGCCCAUGGCAGACAAGCCUGGGAACACAGUGAAUUUCCGGAAGCUGCUAUUGAACCGUUGCCAGAAGGAGUUUGAAAAAGAUAAAGCAGAUGAUGAUGUCUUUGAGAAGAAGCAGAGAGAACUGGAGGCUGCCAGUGCUCCAGAGGAGAGGACAAGGCUUCACGAUGAACUGGAAGAAGCUAAGGACAAAGCCCGGCGGAGAUCCAUUGGUAACAUCAAGUUCAUCGGAGAACUCUUUAAACUCAAGAUGCUGACUGAAGCCAUCAUGCAUGACUGUGUGGUGAAACUGCUGAAGAACCAUGAUGAAGAAUCCCUGGAGUGUCUGUGUCGCCUGCUCACCACCAUCGGCAAAGAUCUGGAUUUUGAGAAAGCAAAGCCACGGAUGGACCAGUAUUUUAAUCAGAUGGAGAAAAUUGUGAAAGAAAGAAAAACCUCAUCUAGGAUUCGAUUCAUGCUUCAGGAUGUGAUAGACCUUCGUCUGUGUAAUUGGGUAUCUCGAAGAGCAGAUCAAGGGCCUAAAACUAUUGAACAGAUUCACAAAGAGGCUAAAAUAGAAGAACAAGAAGAGCAAAGGAAGGUCCAACAGCUCAUGACCAAAGAGAAGAGAAGACCAGGUGUCCAGAGAGUGGAUGAAGGCGGGUGGAACACUGUACAAGGGGCCAAGAAUAGUCGAGUACUGGACCCCUCAAAAUUCCUGAAAAUCACUAAGCCCACAAUUGAUGAGAAAAUCCAGCUGGUACCGAAAGCACAGCUGGGCAGUUGGGGGAAAGGCAGCAGCGGUGGAGCAAAGGCAAGCGAGACGGAUCCCUUACGGUCAAGUGCUUCCAGUUUAAACAGAUUCUCUGCUUUACAACCUCCAGCACCCUCAGGGUCUACAUCUUCCACACCUUUAGAGUUUGAUUCCCGGCGGACCUUAACCAGUCGUGGAAGCACGGGCAGGGAGAAGAAUGACAAACCCCUUCCACCUGCACCUGCUCGUCCGAACACUUUCAUAAGGGGCAGCAGCAGUAAAGACCUCUUAGACAAUCAGUCCCAGGAAGAGCAACGAAGAGAGAUGCUUGAGACCGUGAAACAGCUUACAGGAGGCAUGGAUGUGGACAGGAACAUCGUUGAGGCUGACCGGAGCAAAGCCCGGGAGUCAGUAGCGAAACCAGAAAUUCCAACAACAUCAGCCCCCGACAAGCCUUCAUUGUCAGAAGAGGAAAUGGAGAGGAAGUCCAAAUCUGUCAUUGAUGAAUUUCUACACAUUAAUGAUUUUAAGGAAGCCAUGCAAUGUGUGGAGGAGCUGAAUGCCCAGGGCCCGCUCCACGUGUUUGUGAGAGUGGGGGUUGAGUCCACCCUGGAAAGGAGCCAGAUCACCAGGGAUCACAUGGGCCAGUUACUGUAUCAGCUGGUGCAGUCAGAGAAGCUCAGCAAGCAGGACUUUUUCAAAGGUUUUUCAGAAACAUUGGAAACAGCAGAUGACAUGGCCAUUGAUAUUCCCCAUAUUUGGUUGUACCUUGCUGAACUGGUAACUCCCAUGUUAAAAGAAGGUGGAAUCUCCAUGCGAGAACUUAUCAUAGAAUUUUGUAAACCUUUACUUCCUGUUGGAAGAGCUGGAAUCUUGCUUUCUGAAAUAUUGCACCUUCUAUGCAAACAAAUGAGCCAUAAGAAAGUGGGAGCCCUGUGGAGGGAGGCUGACCUCAGCUGGAAGGACUUUUUACCAGAAGGGAAAGAUGUACAUAAUUUUCUCUUGGAACAGAAGUUGGAUUUUAUAGAAUCUGAUGGUUCCUGUUCCUCUGAAGCACUUUCAAAGAAAGAACUCUCUGCUGAAGAGCUAUAUAAUCGACUUGAGAAACUCAUUAUUGAGGAGAAAGCAAAUGAUGAACAGAUCUUUGACUGGGUAGAGGCUAAUCUAGAUGAAAGCCAGAUGAGUUCACCUACAUUCCUUAGAGCUUUAAUGACAGCCGUUUGUAAAGCAGCUAUUAUAAUAGCUGACUGUUCCACCUUCCGAGUGGACACUGCAGUUAUCAAGCAGAGAGUGCCGAUCUUACUCAAGUACCUAGACUCGGACACAGAGAAGGAACUGCAAGCACUUUAUGCACUACAAGCAUCAAUAGUCAAACUUGAUCAACCUGCCAAUUUGCUACGGAUGUUUUUUGACUGCCUGUAUGACGAAGAGGUAAUCUCCGAGGAUGCCUUCUACAAAUGGGAAAGCAGCAAGGACCCCGCAGAGCAAAAUGGAAAGGGUGUGGCCCUCAAAUCUGUCACAGCAUUCUUCACGUGGCUCCGGGAAGCAGAAGAGGAAUCGGAGGAUAACUAA